AUGCCGAAAAGCACCACGGAGGAGGCGACAAAGUCCAGCGACAAGAUUAGGAGUAGAAGCAGGAGCAGUAGUACUAAUGUUCCCCUACACUUCUCCGUCCACAAGCCGGGGUGCCACUUCGAGAGCUGCUGUGGAGUGUGCAACCUGUUUCCGGGCGUGCUCCUCAUCGCUUUCUGCCAAGUCCUGGUGGGGUCUAUCCUCUUGACCCUGAUCUUGACGCACGGGAAGCAGUAUGAUGAGAUGCAUCAGACCACGUCUUCGCAGUUGAUGAGCAUGGCUAGUGGUGCCAUACUGAGUGGAAUUACUGGUGCCGGAGUACUGCUGAUCAUAGUGGCAUUAACUGAAAAUUGUCGCGCAAUGCUUGUGUACCUAUUAGUGGCUGCAAUGGUCUGGAUUGGCAUAGUCUCCCUCGCCAUAACCAAAAUUAGUCGCGCUUGCAUCCGAUUCAAAGACGCUCCCAAAAUAAAGGACGAGCAACAUAGAUUAGCGAACCUCGCGUGUGUAAGCGGGCUGUUCACCUUCCUUGGAGCAGCGUUAUACUUCUUUUCGUUCGUGGUGGUAUUUAGUUUCUACCACUUUAGGUACGUGCGUCGUGCCAUCCUGCUUCACGAGGCGGAGUGCGAGUGA